ACAAGGUCUGAGACACACACUACCAUUGACGGAAAACUAUGUGAGAGAGUCAGUGCUUUCCAGAGGACGUUGCUUUGACUACUAAAGGCAGACGAAGGGACAUUUUGAAUGGAGAAGAUGUGUUCUGGUCUUUGUUUACUGCUUCUGUGCGGCUUCCAUCCGGCGCUCUCCGCUUGGUUUGAAUCCGAGGAGGUCGUACCUGUUCGGAUAAACGGAAGAGUCACCGGUCGCUUCUGGAAACGAAGCGAGGACCAGGCAAGAGUCCUCCUCAGCGCCUUUGGCAAAGACUUGACGCUGAAUCUCAUCCCUGACACCAGUUUCAUCGCACCUUACUUCACCAUUAAGCGCAUACAAGCCAAAGACUUUGCCGCUCUACGCAGUGUUUCAGGUGCGCAAUCGUCACCGGGUGAGGAUCUCCGCAAUCUCAUCAACCAGGCGGAGGAGAGUGAAGGACAGCUGAGAAGUUGUUUUUAUUCAGGGAACGUAGAUGAAGAUCAGGACUCUGUUGUGGCUCUGAGUCUGUGUUCUGGGGUCUAUGGCUCCUUCAUAACAGAAGGGAACGAGUACAUCAUUGAGCCCAAAUUUCCAGGAGGCUUCGGGUCACACUCUGCCCAACAGCUGCAUGUGAUCAAGAGGAGGACCUUGUCCAAACGCCACGGUGUUCCUUUCCUGUUUGAUCACGCAGAUGAAGCGGAUGGACCGGAGAACCACAAGCAGGGUUUUAGUUUUACGCGCCGCAGCAACAACGCACGGGGGGAAUCUCGCCAGAGACGCUUCGUGUCCGCGCCACGGUUCAUAGAGACCUUGGUGGUGGCAGAUUCCAGCAUGACACAAUUCUACGGGGAUGAAAUCAAGCACUACAUUUUGACGUUAAUGUCAAUGACUGCCCAACUGUACAAGCACCCCAGCAUCAAGAAUUCAGUCAACAUGGUGGUGGUGAAGUUGUUAGUGAUAGAGGAUGAGGAAGUUGGUCCAGAUGUUUCCAGCAAUGGAGGAGUAGCCCUUAGAAACUUUUGCUCUUGGCAGCAGCUAUUCAACCCACCAAGUCAGAGACACCCAGAGCACUUUGAUACAGCCAUGCUCUUCACCAGAGAGGACAUCUGUGGACAAAAGAGCUGUGACACUCUGGGUGUUGCCGAUGUUGGGACGAUGUGCGAUCCUAAGAGAAGCUGCUCCGUAAUUGAGGACAACGGUCUGCAAGCUGCCUUCACUGCUGCACAUGAGCUUGGUCAUGUGCUGAGCAUGCCUCACGAUGACUCCAAAACGUGCGAGAAGUUGUUUGGGGAUCUUGGAGGGCAUUAUCUGAUGUCCCCGUUGUUUGUUAGCCUCAACAAAACCAUGCCUUGGUCUCCUUGCAGUGCUCUCUACAUCACAGAGUUCUUUGACAAUGGCCAUGGGGACUGUCUGCUGGAUGUUCCAGAGAGUAGUAUGCCAUUACCCAAGGAGCUGCCCGGCAGCAAAUACAGCCUAAACCAGCAGUGCCAGCAGAUUUUUGGAGAGGAAUUCUUCCAUUGUCCCAACACAACAGACAAUGAUAUUUGCAGCCAGCUGUGGUGUCAAGAGGAUGGAACAUCACAGUGCUCCACAAAGAACGGCAGCCUGCCAUGGGCUGACGGCACCCCGUGUGGUCUCAACAGAACAUGCUUGUAUGGAGUGUGCAAGCCGACACAGGAGGUGUUCGAGCCACUGGUGGUUGUGGACGGUGGCUGGAGCACGUGGGGACCAUGGCAGCAAUGUUCCAGGACAUGUGGCGGUGGGGUCAAGUUCUCCAAUAGGGAGUGCACAAACCCUGAGCCCCAGAAUGGGGGCAAAUACUGCGAAGGACAGAGGGUUCAAUACCAAUCCUGCAACACAGAGCCCUGCGACAACACUGGAAAGAGUUUCAGAGAGGAGCAGUGUGAGAAAUACAACAGCCCAAACUACCUGGACUACAAUGGGAACAUGAAACACUGGAUACCAAAGUACGCCGGAGUGUCUCCCAGGGACAGAUGCAAACUAUUCUGCCGGGCCAGGGGCAGUAGUGAAUUUAAGGUGUUUGAACCCAAGGUCAUUGACGGAACACCCUGUGGUCCUGACACCACGUCUGUGUGCGUCCGAGGCCAGUGUGUGAAGGCAGGCUGUGACCAGGUGAUUGGAUCCAAUAAGAGAGUGGAUAAGUGUGGCGUAUGUGGAGGAAACGGUCUUACCUGUAGAAAGAUCACUGGGUCCUACAACAAGGCAAUCUAUGGAUACAGCGACAUUGUCACUAUUCCCGCGGGUGCAACCAAUAUUGACAUCAAACAGCGGAGCCACAGAGGAAUCAAACAUGACGGGAACUAUCUGGCUGUAAUGCGAGAGACUGGGAGUUACAUCCUUAAUGGAAACUUCUCCGUAUCGACGGUGGAACAGGACAUCCCUGUACUUGGUGCUGUGCUGAAGUACAGCGGCUCCUCAACCAUGCUGGAGAGGAUUCAGAGUUUCAUGCAGCUGAAAGAGGCCAUCGUCAUUCAACUUCUGGCCACAGCGGGGGAUGCCGGUGCUCCCAAAGUGAAAUAUUCCUUUUUCGUCCCCAGAGAUGUAACAUUCAACAAGCCUAAAGAGAAGAAGUUCUCUUCUCCGUCUUUGCAUAUGAUUCAUCCCUUCGGCGUUCCUGACUGGGUGUUGGGAGAGUGGUCUGAGUGUUCGAAGAGUUGCGGUUCCGGGUGGUCCAGGAGGAAUGUAGAGUGCAGAGACAGCGCAGGCUUUCUCUCUAGCCUUUGUGAUAAAGACUUGAAGCCUUUGGACAUUAGGGCUUGUGGUGAUCUGCCCUGCCCCAUCUGGCAGAUGGGACCUUGGUCCGCCUGCUCACGAACUUGUGGUCAGGGGGAGCGGCACCGCAGCAUCGUCUGCAUAGACUACACUGGGAAGACUGUUGAACCAGAGAAGUGUGAUCAGAAUAAAAAACCUGUGCCUGUUUCCGGAGAAUGUUUCAACCUCGAGUGCCUAUGAAGAACCUGUGGUACUGUUGGGCUGGUGACAACCACUGUUGGAAGUAAACAAUGGAAAACUACCUCGGGAAUGUCAUAAGAUGCCAUAUAUAGAAGGUGCUGUGUUUGUACUUUCUCCACUCGAAAUAACAACUCAUUUAUUGUGUUUGGGUUGGAAUCAUUUACAAAAUACAGUGGAACCCUGUUAUGUCGACUACAAAACAGAAGAAUCUAAAUAAAAAUAUGCACAAAUGGGGGAAAACAUGUCAACAAACUAAAUUUAUUAUCGCCCAUUCUCCUUAUGUCUCUGACUAGAGCCACAGGGCUAAACGUGCAAGCAUCGGCUAGUUUCGGUUUCGGUUAUGUCGAUGUCCAUCAGCCAGACUGAGGGCCGUCAACAUAAGCAGAUUCCACUGUAUUAAAAAAAAAAAUCUGUCAUUUACAAUGGCGCUAAAAAAAAAUGUCAUUAAGCUUUUAAAACCAUAUGAUCUCAGUAUUGGGGGCUGCGGGGUUGUGUCUGUGUUGCUAUGGUAAUUGCUCAGUAUCAAUUUAGGAAAACAGAAUUCAAGCAAAAACAAGCGACCAGUCCGAGACCAGCAUAUUCCGCGAAUAAUUUCAUUAAACAACAUAAUAACGCGACAAACUUGGCCUUAGCCGUUUCAACAGUAUCAUUCCUCCUCCGCUAAAACUCACUGAACAAGCAGCUUUUACGUUUAUCCAGUAAAACCUAUAUGUACAUUUACAGUAUCCCCUUUAUUUUGAUACCAAUAUGAUACACGUAGACCUUGUACAUUCAGAAAACAAUGUAUUUAUUUGGGGUCUUUUUUGAGCAAAAUGGCCCAGAGUUUAAGAUUAAAAGUUUCAAGCUACUAAUGCACAACAUAGUGUAAAUAUACUGUACCUCUGUCUUACAUACUGUCAUUGAUGCUUCAAUGUGGUGUUUGAUCUUUUGCUGAGGGAAUGGGUUGUGGUUGGAAUCUUUCUCAUGUGUGCUCCUGUUUCACUGCUUCUCGAUUCUACACGUUAAUGACAAUAAAUGUGAUUUUUGUUUUUGUUGUUUUAAAUCCAGAAAUAAGCAUAGUUUCACUGUAAGCCUUUUGAUCACUUGGGCUUUAAAAAUAGAAAGCUUUUAUCAAGACAGACUUUGAGUGUACACUUGUGUCAAAUACUCUUUUAAAUCCAAAGGCCCUGACAAAAAAAAUAAGCCAAGAGAAGGUUGUUACAUUUCUGUGUUCUCUUGCAGGUGAAGGUAGCAGCCAUUUCCAGUAGAACAUAUUCAGUAUGUGAUAUACCUAUCACAUGUUGUGUAAAUGAAUGCUAUUGUUUUCAUGUUGCCUAUGCAUUAACAAUCAUAUCCAAACCCACCUUUUCAGACUUUUACGUGUAUGUUUGGGUCUUUACUCCUGUUAAUUUGCAGUACGUCACAAAAGAAAAGAGAAGGCGCAUUAAGCCUAUAUCCCUUCAAUGAAGGACCAUGCUAGUUUAUGACCAUAGCUUCCUUUUAAUUUAUUGUUUUCUUUUUAAAUAUAAUGAACAUGGCAGAUGCUACUGUC